UUCUGACAUUGUUGAACAGAGCUGAGACGCCAUUACAAGGUGUGAGAUCUCUGCUGGAAAACACACGUUUGGAGUAUUUGAAACAAUCAAGAGACAGUAACUUGGUGAGUCCGGCUGUUGAAAAUAUCUUCAAUAACAAAUGGCUGAGAAAACUGCUCUUUUUGAAAGUUACCUGAACUGCCAUGUGUGUUCAGAGACUUUCAGAGAUCCUGUGUCUCUGAGCUGCAAUCACAGCUUCUGUUCAAGCUGCUUGCAAAAAUUCUGGGUUCAAGCUAAAAACAAAAACUGUCCCAUUUGUAAAAGAAAAUCCUCAAAACAAGAUCUUCUGGUGAACUUUGCACUGAAGGAACUGGCUGACUCCUUUGCUGGGAGAAAGAAAUCUGGAUCAUCUGAGACAGAAAAAGGAGAGAAGAAGGUGGAGGUGGUGUGUGAUAAACAUCAAGAAGAGCCUAAAUUGUUCUGUAAGGAUGAAGAUAGAGCUGUGUGUACUGUCUGUGAUUUUCCUCACCACGUUGGUCACAAGGUGGUUCCUAUAGAACAAGCAGUCAGUGACCUGAAGGACCAGCUGAAAUCUGACCUAAAGUCUCUACAGGACAAGAGGGACAAAUACAAACAAGUGGAGGAAACAUACAAUGAAGUGAUUCAACACUCCAAGAAGCAGCUGUUGUCCACAGAGAGGCAGAUCAGAGCAGAGUUCAACAAGCUCCACCAGUUCCUGAAAGAGGAAGAGGAGUCCAGACUGGCAGCUCUGAGGGAGGAAGAGGAGCAGAAUAAGAAGACUGUCAGCAGAGAGAUGAAGAGGAUUGAGGAGCAGAUCUCCUCUCUGUCAGACAGUAUCUCUGCUGUUGAAGAAGAGCUGCAGAAACACAACGUGCCAUUCCUCAGCAGUUAUAAACCCACUCAGACCAGAGCCAGAGUCCAGUGCUCACUGUCAGACCCACAGCUGGUCUCAGGAGCGCUGAUAGAUGUGGCCAAACACCUGGGCAACCUGUCCUUCAGAGUCUGGGAGAAGAUGAAGGACAAGGUCCACUUCAGUCCUGUCAUUCUGGACCCAAACACUGCAAACCACUGGCUCUAUCUGUCUGAUGAUCUGACCAGUGUGAGAUGUGGAGACAUAAACCAGCAGCUUCCUGACAAUCCAGAGAGAAACACUAAGUAUGCCAAUGUUUUGGGAUCUGAGGGUUUCAGCUCAGGGAAACACAGCUGGGAGGUGGAGGUGGGAGAUCAUCCUCGCUGGAAUAUAGGUUUAGCUAAAGAGUCAAUUGACAGGAAGGGGGAGAUAAAUGCUUCACCAAAAUAUGGAAUCUGGUGUUUAUUGCAUGAUAAUGGAAAAUACACUGAUUGUCUUGGUUAUACUGUCACAGUGAAGAAGGGUCUCCAGAAGAUCAGAGUCCAGCUGGACUAUGACGGAGGAGAGGUGUCCUCCUACAACCCUGAAGACAUGACUCACAUCUUCACUCACAGAGACAAUUUCACUGAGGAACUCUUCCCAUAUUUCUGUGUUGUAAAUGCUGGUGAUGCUAAAACUGCUGAUAUCAAAAUCUGUCAAACUGAUAUUUCUCUUUGAUGUUAAGGAAUGGAAGUUAAUUGUUCCAACUUUAACCUUUAAUA